GAAAAAGCACAAUUGUAGCACAACGGUCCUCAGCUUCUGCAACUCCAGGCUCCAGAGUAGAGCUGUCGCAGGAUCACAUUAUCAGGCAUCUUCUUGCAGCAAGCCGAUCCGCCAGCCCGCUGUGAUCCCAGGCAUAGCUCUGAAGGACGCGCAGAAGUGCUGUUCUGUCCUCGAUCCCCCCGCCUGCAGACUGGUCACCGACACAGGUGGCGUGAACAGACAAGAGCUCUGCAAUUGGCAGCAGCGAGACAAGCAGAAGAGGCGGAGUAGGCACAGUGAAAAUGGCGGACAAUGAAGGUGAUUACGAGGGGGGGAUGGACGAUACCAUGAUCGACGAUGGCGACGAUGGCGACCUGCUGGAUGAGCAGGAGCAGCUGGACGACGCGGCGUUCAAUCCGGCGGAUGGCGGCGGCGCGAACGGGAGCAACGUCGUGCAUUCUGGCCAACCCCUCGGAGAAGACGGGCAGGAGGGGCGCAAGGUGCCGAGCGAGCAGCGCAUGACGACGCCGUACAUGACCAAAUACGAGCGCGCGCGGAUCUUGGGGACGAGGGCGCUGCAGAUCAGCAUGAACGCGCCGGUGCUCGUCGCGAUCGAGGGCGAGACGGACCCGCUGGCGAUCGCGAUGAAGGAGCUCAAGGCAGACAAGAUCCCGCUGAUCGUGCGGAGGUACCUGCCCGACGGCAGCUACGAGGACUGGAGUGUGCAGGAGCUCAUCCACGAUUGAAUUCCAGCACGGUCGUAUGUCUGGGCAUGCGAACACGCGCGCCUCUCCCCCCACCACCCUCCCCCCCUUUGCUGGCAAGCCCGCACGCACGCACGGGCCGCGCAUGUGUGGGUUUCGUCCCGGCGUGGCGCAGGGAAGCGCGGCGGCCGAGAGUCAAGGCGCACGACGGAGGCUUGCUCCCGACCGUGCUGCAGAGCGGCGCGUGGCAGGAGUGAUAGAG